UUGGAUUUGUUAGUCGGCUGCACGCUUUUCUGCCCGAAAGUAGCGCAGAUUACUUAAAAAUACCAAAAACCGAACAAUUGGAACAGCCUCAACUGGCGGCAGUUUCUCAGUUUCAGGCUUCCCGACUCUCCGAUCCGGCAUUCUCCGUUCGCAUCUGGGGCGAGUACAUCGAACAGCUGCUGCCGGUGGUGCUUCAUUCCUCAUUCCGCUUCUGUUGGCCGUGCGAAAAACAUGAAAUUGAAAAUCAAUCUGACGUUCCUCUGUGCGACACUCGUCGGCCUCCUGUCCAUCAUCCUAUUGACACAGACCGCGGAAAUCGAGGCCUUUGGAGGCGGCAGUUCGGGCAAUGAGGCAGUGGUGUCAUGCAAAGAGCUGAACAAUGUGAACUGCUACGUAGGUCGAAAUGAGGGAAACUUCUGCAGCAGCAAGGAUAAGACUAAGGCCGUAACCCGUUGGUACUUCGACAAGGGCGUCUGCAAGCCGUUCAACUACAAAGGAUGCAACGGCAACCGCAACCGCUUCUGCUCACAGGAGAGCUGCGACUCACGCUGCGGCGACUGAUCGGCAUCGGUGGAUAUAUCCCUCCGUACCUAGUCGAUAAGUUUGUACGCGUAUGUUUAGACUAAGAGCAAAUAGAGAUCGCACCGCACACUAAACAAAAAAUACGUCACUUAAUUAUAAAUUCAGUUUUCGUGUCACUUUUAAUAUUCAUUUAACAACGAACUUCUCGAUUUCUAUAUUUUAUUUCAUUAACCUAUCUUACAAAAUUUAAUUUAAUUUAAACUCAUUCAUUAAUCUUAAUUAUGUAGAUGAUUUUAUUUAUUCGCACAUUUCGUUUUGGGCACAUACAUUUUCUCUGUUAAAAUACUAUUUUUCAUUUCACCACACUUAACUAAUAUAUUUUAGAAAUUAAAUGCUUUUACUAAGAAUUAAAUAAAUAGCACAUCA